UGCUUGCGGAGCAUGAUAUUCGCAGGUUUUUACGGCAUCGCAGACAGGUUGGGGCGUUAUAGUUACAGUUUACAAGUAACGAUAACGGCAUCUAUACUCUCUUUAUUUGCUCAUGGGCUGCUUUUCCGUAGACUUGUUCAAAUCAUUUUCCUUGCCGGAACCGAUAUGCUCUGUUGAAUUUACAGCAAUUCAAAUACGCAUUAUUAUAGAUUUCAUAUAGAGUAUCGACCAUUCUCCUAUGGUAACGCUUCAUCUGGCACCGGCAUAUUACCGGGGAUUCUGCUUCAUCGAGGAUUGAUUGCCAUUGUUCUGGGGAAUUACAAAUUUACGCCGUCUCAAGUGAUCCAUGAUCUGCUUCGUGUUAUGGUCAGUUUACGUUCAAUGUAGAGCGACUACGGGAACGCCCUAAAACGGACUCAUAAAAAUAUCGGCCGGCAUAAUAAUCCCCCGGCCGGCUUCCAGUAAUAUCACGGACUUAACCGCCAAUAUGUGGCGCUUUCUUUGCAUAUGUAUACUCCUCCCGGUCGUCCUUUCCCAGGAGCAGGAGCAUGGGAAAAUGUACACGCUAUCUGCAUCCAAGUCCUCCCAUAUUUCCUACCAACCGCCCAUGUGGACGGCCACCGCCGGUCAACAUGUGGCCUUCCGAGUACGGACCCGCAGCCUAAAUGCGGUGCUGCUGCACAUUGACCGGGUGCCGUCGUCAUUGUCAGGACAGCAGCCAACCGGCGGUGGCGAACAUUCGAAGGAUUCGCAUUUUGUACUAAAGAUCGCACAGGGACGACUGAGUCUGCUGAAUCAGCUGGGCGAGAGGGUGGAACAGUUCGUUGUUAAUCAGUUUGUGUCCGACAAUGAAUUCCACACUCUGCGGUUUUUCCGUGACAUUCACAGCCAAAAUCCGUUACUUCGUCUGACCGUCGACAAUGCUCCUGAGAACCGCUUCCCGUUGCUGUAUACCGCAUUGCACCAUGAAAACCCAACAUCGGCCGAACAGGACUCGGCCGGAAAUGACGCCGGGCUGUAUACGGUGACAUUUGGAGGCAAAGGAGACAGCAGAUCGUUUGAUAACCAGUUGAACGGGUGUCUGUUUGACGUCAAAUUCGGACAUAUUGAUGUGGAUGGUAGUACGAAAUUGCAAUCUCUCACUCCCCAUGAUCAUGCGGAACUCGUGGAGGGAUGCGAAAACCGGUGCGAAACCAAUAAUCCCUGCCAGAAUGGAGCGACAUGCUUCGACGAUUACAGUCAAGUAACGUGCGACUGUUCGGCAACGGAAUUCACGGGCAGCGAUUGUGCGCAACCAGAUACGGAAGCGAUCACCUUAAGCGGAAACCAAUUCAUUUCUACUGCAAACCACGAUAUGCUGUAUCGCGGAUAUAGUCGCAUACGUUUGGAUUUCAAAACUCGGUUUCCCGAUGGAGUUUUAUUCCACCUAAAUGUCAAAGGCCAUUCGGACGAUCACAGUGAGGAGACCGUCACCGCGGUGUUGAUUGACCAGUAUCUACGUAUUAUAAUCUGGAAUCCUUCGCUUAAACAAGACAACGCUCUGGAGUUUAAGCAUAAACUGCUGUCCGACGGCCAAUGGCAUUCACUGACGGUGGAAUUAAAAGACUCCAAGAUUAUCGUCAAGAUCGACACGGAUGAGAAGAAUUUCGGUCUGCGGCAUUUACAAGAAAAACACUUCUUCUCACCGGAAGUCUACAUUGGGUACAAACCCAAUCUCCCAAAUUCCGACGAACCUACUAGAGCCGAAACAUCGCGGCCAUUUAUCGGCUGCUUGAAACGAAUCUACCACGGCACAACCAGUAUCCUCCAUGAUCUCCACUCCGCCCACCCCAUCGCUUCCGUCAACACCGUCCACGAAUCCCAUGAACUCUUUCCGGCGCCGGUGUCCUUUACCUGCAGCGAUCUCCGACAGGAAGAUCUGUCCGUGGCACUGUUGUCGCCGGAUGUCGCACUACCACUGGCAUCCACACUGGAACCCUACAAGACGCUGCAGUUGUCGUUCCGUCUACCAAAACGCGAAGGACAGUCUCUGCCGACAAAAAUUGUCGGGGGAAAUUUGACGAGCGGAGAAGAAUACAAAGUUAUCUUGUCCGACAAAGGAGUGCAUUUGGAGCUGAUCCGUUACGAUGCUAGUGGAACGGCGCACACCACCACGUCGGAGGGUGCCGUUGGUGGCAAUCUCCAUGAUGGUCAGUGGCAUAACUUGUUCCUACAAUGGCCCGGUUCUUCUGAGCGUCGCAAACGACAAGAGGAAGCAACUGAAACGGCAGCGUCCCAGGAAACCACCCCCUCGGCGGACGCACCAGCGGCCGUCGAACUAGCUGCUCCUGCGGUGGAAAAUGCCGAAGCCAAGGCAGAGGCUGUGGUGGAACCAACACAGAGCGCCGAAACUGCCGCCGCUGCGCCUGCAGAAGGGGCUACCGCCGCCCCGGCGGCGCCAGCCGAAGUGGCAGCCGAACCGCCGGUUCCAGUAGCUGACGCUGGCGUUCCUGUAGCGUCCGCCGCGGAUGCCGAUUCCCCUCCUGUGGAAACCGCAACAGCAGAAGCGGCCGAGAAUCCGAAUGCCAGGAUGAAAAUUCCGCAGUUUUAUGGCGGUCAAGAUACGGUGCUGUUGCCUCAUAUGAUCAGGUUACAUGUGGAUUCACAGUACGUCGACCUGAAGGCCGAGGAGUAUAUGAAAUUAUCUCCAACUGGCGUGGUAUCCUUAGGCGGUCGCCCGGGCGACUUAGGAGUGAAUGGAUGCUUUCGAAAUAUUCGUGUCGAUGAUCAAGUGUAUGACGUCCGAAAAGCGCAGAAUGGCGUCGUGGGUCAAUGUAGUAAUGAACAGACGUGCCAAGAGCAGAAUCCGUGCCAAAACAAUGCGCCAUGUAUCAGCGGGGUUUUCGGACCGACCUGCGACUGCCAGAAUUCCGGCUACCAUGGAAAAACUUGUCAUCUGCCCGUUUAUGCGCAGACCUGUGCAGAUCUGUAUUCAGCUGGAGAAAGGCGAAGUGGUGUUCACAUAAUCGAUUUGGACGGCAGUGGGCCAAUGAAACCGGUCUAUGUCAACUGCAACAUGAGCAAUCAAGAGCAGCGCGGAAUUACCAGUGUGGGCCACAAUUUCCGUUCCGGCACCGAGAUACGAGAUGGUCCCAGUGGUGGUCGUCAGUACAAUAUCCAGUAUCGCCAGUUUGAUAAAGUGGCACUGAAGAAGCUUAUCGAUAUCUCGAAACAGUGCCGACAACAUAUCUCUUACCGGUGUAUCAGCAAUGCCCCUCUGAAGCUGGGCACUCAUACAUGGUUCCGAUCGGUGGCCGAUGUGGGAAACAUCACGAGCUUCGGGUCGGAUGUGCCCGGCCGGUGUUCGUGCACUUCAGGAGCAUCUGGGCAGGUCUGUGCUCUGGAUAGAAAACUCAAGGAUCUCCCUUGCAACUGUGAUGCCGACGAUAAUGUCGAUCGGGUGGAUGAAGGCGAUUUCAAAACCAAAGAAUUCGUGGGAAUCACCAACAUGACCUUUAUCAAGCGCAACAUGAAAGGCGCCGGUUUGUUGACUCUGGGUCCACUAGAAUGUGACGGGAGGGAGAACAUUGAGCGCACCGUGUCAUUCUCCUCCGAAAAUUCUAAUCUGCAAUUUCCCACUCUGGGCCAGACUGAGGAUAUAAGCUUCUUCUUCCGUACCAACCUUGUUUUAACAAAGGCGUUGUUGCUCUAUCAGCCAGGACGCAACUCACUGCGCAUCGUUUUCAGCAAUGCAACCACCAUCACUUUAUACAUCACCAUCAGCGGUCGUUUACGGGAGCUGUCAGUGGUCGUUCCGCGACCGUUAAAUAAUCAAGUCAUGCAUUUGGUGCGAUUAGAGUACGGCUUCAACGAAGUUCGUCUGACGGCGGAUUUAAAUAGUAACUAUCUGUCGUGGAGCCCAAAUGACAAAGUUGGACCAUACCACGGUCCAUUGUACAUUGGUGGAUAUCCAAGCGCUAGUGGAUGGGGCUUGGAGCCGGGUUUGGUCGGCUGCAUACAAGGUCUCAUUCGAGGCGGCCAGACUGUCGAUCUAACGGCGGCAGCCGAAGCGGCUAAGUCUAGCCAAAUCCGCCGUGAAUGCCAGUCGUCCUGCUCACCUAAUCCCUGCAAAAACAACGCCGAAUGUUUCGAUAAAUUUGGCGGUAUUUAUGAGUGCAUAUGCGCUAAUCCGAUUGCUCAUUCUGGCGCACAAUGCGAACAUGAUAUCAACACCAAAGUCUUCAGUCUGACGAAUAGCACCGGUUCCGCCUUUGCCUACCUCAAGAACUCCGUUCCUGGUGACAUCCUUCGAGAGAACAUCAGUAUCAGCUUCCGUACCCAUCGACGAACCGGCAUCCUGCUCUACGCCCACGACAACAAUAACAACUUUGUCCAGCUCCAUUUGCAAGAAGGCCGCAAAGUCAUCAUGACUUUAAACAGUGCGAACUCCAUUCGCCGUCUGGAGGUUACCCGUGACGGACUGAGCGACGGUCGUUGGCAUCAGUUGCACGUUGGUCGGUGGGAAAAUCGAGUGGACCUGUCCGUUGACUUCGACAACAUUAACAGUCUGGAUGUCGAUGCCACCGUGGCCGGAUUGCAGCUAUACAAAUCAAAGCCAUGGAGCCGGGCAACAGUCGGUUUGGAGACCAUCACGCCGCCCCGUGGAGAGUACGCCACCACUGCAUACACGGACGCGUAUGUGGGCGGCGUGCGGUCGACAUUCAAUACCCAGCUGACGGGAUUCUAUGGGUGUUUACGAGGCCUGCGGGUGGGACAGAAUGUCAUCGAUGUGUUCAACUCGACGGACCCGGAACGAGUAACUGAAAGGACCGACUUGGGUGUUGUGGAAGGAUGUGAAGCGUCCUGCGAAACUUAUAAUCCGUGUCAGUAUGGUGGAAUGUGCAUUAAUCGCUGGGGAGACACGGAGCAGCCGAGUGAAUGUAACUGCCGGAAUACCUCAUUCACUGGUGCAAACUGCACUGAAGAUAUCGGUGCGACGUUCUCUGACCAGUCGGUGGCUGUUGUGGAGUACAAGCCAGGCCGCGGCACCAACUUCAAGCUCUCUAGCGGUAUGACGGUGCGAUUGGCCUUCUCCACGGAUUACAAACCUUCUAGCAAAGUCGCUCUGUUGCUCGUGCAGUUCUACGAUAAGCAAGCCGAACUGGUGAUUGGUUUGAACGAGGCCGGGCAUGUCGUCGUCGAGCUGUACCAACUGGACCCCAAUCCGGUGCGGCGUAUCUUCCCCGGCAACUUUGCUGAUGGCAACCGACAUUCUGUCCGUGUGUCUGCCAGCGCUUUCGGGGCAUCAGUACAGGUGGACGAUCACAAAGAAGACGUGAACAUCGCACUGGGCUCCCACUUUGUCCACUACGUCAUGGUGGGCCGUGUUGACAGCAACGCUCUCCCAGUGCACCCACAACACCAAGGCUUACUUGCCUAUGGUCCAUUUAUUGGAUGCAUUUCCAAUGUACGUAUCGAAUCGGACUUGGUGGAGGAUGUCCUGCAGCCAUUACACCUCCUCCUUAACCAUGAAGAACCCAGUCUCUCUAACGCUCGUGGUGACCUGAACGAGACACAGUGUGCCUUGCCUCUAAUUGUCGAACCCACAGCCGGAUUAUACGACCCCUCCCAAACAACGGGUCUUCAAAUGCCACACGACCCAGAGGGAUGGGCUUGGGCUGUUCCCAUUGAACUGCCGAGUGAUCAAAUUCCCAAACCAUCUGUAGCGCCCAGGAGUAACACCGCCAUGAUCGUUGGCAUUGUGUGUGGUGUAUUCCUUCUCCUGGUCAUCAUUGCCGUGAUUAUCUAUAUGUGCCGCCUAAGAAGACGUAAAGCUAAUUACCCGGUGAACGAACAGAAUGUGGAAGAAAAUGUUGAGGAGAAAUUAUUACCACAUGGAGGAGAUCCCAGACAUACGAUUCCUCCCAUAUACAACAAUCCUAACAAACCGGUAAGAGCACCCCAAGACCCCUUUAAUCGUCCGGUCAGUAAGUUCAUAGACGAUACACUAAUUCCCAAUCCCCAACAUCCCCUUCUUCCCCCACCUGCUGUUCCUACACGUCAAGUUAACACUCCCGUUACCGCAGCCAUCCUCCAACGCCUAGCGGCCAACGCCCAUAACGUCAAUGGCACCGCGAACGACUUCCCUGAUACGAACCGCACACUCGUACGCUCCGUACCGGAAGAGGAUAGCGUGGAACCCACCAACCCAUGAACGAUGAUCAAAAUGUGCACGUUGCUCAAAAGUAAUGCCUUCUAUACAUAUAUACGCCGCCACUUCCCCGGGUGUCCGCUUCCGUACGAUGCAUAUACAUAUAGUUCUAGUUUCUGGUUUGGGUGUUGGUUCCGAGACUUGUAGCUCAUUACCGGUUUAGCCAUUGGGUGAUUCUGCAUUUUUUAUUGUACUUUUCUAUUUCGUAGUUUUGCAAGUUCAUAGAAUGAUAUUGUUAUACUGUGUUUGGCGAAUUGUGCAUGUUCGUUUUGAAGUUUUUACCGGUUUGUUGUGUUUUGUUUCUGUUAUUGGUCAUGGUCAUUUGAAAUGUUUUCAAAGCAAAAACAGCAGUGAUCUGGAGUUUUAGAAAAAAUCAGAUUAACGAA